AUGGUUCUGAGGAAGCGAAAAAGUUUUAGGAUGGCAAAGACGGACAGUGGGAAGGAUCUCUGUAAGUACGAGCUGGAGAGGCACAAAGCCAGGCCUGGUGUUCCACCCCGGGGCAAAGAGGGCUCCCCAUGGCUGGCCCAGGCCGGGGGGCCCAAGGGCAGGCCAAGGGCAAGGCUGGGGAAGAGGGGUCCCCGAGCCGAGCCGGGCCUGCAGGACGCAGGGGCGUCGGACAGCACAGAGGAGCAGGCGGUGAAGAAGACGCCCUUCGAGAGGGUCCUGCACGACAUGGCCCACAGAGAGGCGGUGGUGAAUGACAUCAUGCUUGGCCGCCGCGUCGGCUUCUACGAGCUGCGGGGCGAGAUCGGCACUGGAAACUUCUCCCAGGUCAGGCUGGGAGUCCACGCCCUCACCAAAGAGAGGGUUGCAGUGAAGAUCAUGGAUAAGGUGCGUCUGGAUAAGAAGUCUAAGGGGCUGUUUGUCUCAGAGAUCUGCUGCAUGGAGAGGCUGUCGCACCCCAACAUUGUGCGGCUGUAUGAGGUGCAUGAGACCCUGAAGCGCCUCUACCUGGUGAUGGAGUACGCUGGGGGAGGAGAGCUGUUCUCCCGCAUCAGCACCAGGGGGCGCCUGUCAGACCUGGAAAGCAAGCUCAUCUUCGCCCAGAUCAUCUCCGCUGUCAAACACAUGCAUGAUAACAACAUUGUGCACAGGGACCUGAAGGCGGAGAAUGUCUUCUACACCACGAGCUACUGCAUCAAGGUGGGCGAUUUUGGCUUCGGGACGCUGAGCGAGCCGGACGAGGCGCUCACCAACUUCUGCGGCUCACCCCCGUACGCCGCACCCGAGCUCUUCCGGGAGAAGGAGUACGUGGGGCGGCCGGCGGACGUGUGGGCACUGGGCGUGCUGCUGUACUUCAUGGUGACCGCCUCGCUGCCGUUCAAUGGCGACAACCUGCACCGUCUGCGGCGCUGCAUCCUGCUUGGCGCCUACGCCAUCCCGCCGCACGUGGCCGAGCCCUGCCAGCAGCUCAUCAAGGCCAUCCUGCGGCCGGUGCCCGCCGACCGCCUCUCUCUGCCGCAGAUCAUGGGCAGCGACUGGCUGCGCGGGAUCCAGUACCCGCCGCCGUACCCCCCCGCCGCCCUCACGCCCGCCCACCUGGCCGACCCCGCCCGCGCCCUGUCCGCCGAGGAGCUGGAGGUGAAGGCGGCCCUGCGGGACCUGGGCAUCAGCGACGCCCUCCUGCAGAACAACGCCUGCCCGGACUCCCGCAGCCCGGUGACCGGCGUGUACCGCGUCCUGCUGCAUCGCGUGCAGAAGCGGCGGUCCGUGGAGGCCGUGGGCUACACCGCCCUCUGCCCCGAGGACUUCCAGCCCAGCGGACACUGGACCAGAACCACCAACAAGCACAACCCCACCACCGUCUGCAGCAUCCUGUGA